AUGUCUAGCAAGCCAGCGCUACGAAGCCUUUCGAAGGCCCUACCACGACCGACCACAUCCUCCACGCCCUGCCGAUGCCAGAGACUUGCCACAACACCACCUGCGAGGCCCUUCUCCAAUGCGCCACAAUCGACCCCCAUCUCGUCUUCCAGCAGAAGGCAUAGACCGACCUUGCAACCUCUCAGCCAGCCCACAAUCCGUGCUUCGGUACCGGCGACGCAGUCGAAGCGAACCAUCUUUAUUCAGACCGAAGACACGCCCAACGCAGAUGCGCUGAAGUUCAAGCCCAACCAUACCAUCCUUCCCGAUGGCUUCCCAUCAACAUUCCUCGAAUACCUGUCCCCUCGAUCGACUCUUGCGCCUCCACAUCCUUCUCCGCUGGCGGCGCAACUGCUGAGCGUCGAUGGAGUUACGAGUGUCUUUUACGGAAAGGAUUACAUCACAAUCACAAAGGACAGUUCGACUCCAUGGGCGCACGUCAGACCUGAGGUCUUCAGCCUCAUCACGGAAGCCGUAACGACCGGCCAGCCGAUCGUCAACACUAUCGAAAACAAGACUGGCGAGGAAGGACAAGGCUCGUCAAACCCGGAGGUCCAAGCCUCAUAUGACCCGGAGGACGAAGAAGUUGUUGGUAUGAUCCAAGAACUAUUGGAGACUCGCAUUCGACCGGCGAUCCAAGAAGACGGAGGUGAUAUCGAGUUCCGAGGGUUCCAUGAUGGGCAAGUCAUGUUGAAGCUACGAGGAGCUUGCCGAACUUGCGACAGCAGUACCGUGACCCUCAAGAAUGGUAUUGAGAGUAUGCUCAUGCAUUACAUCGACGAAGUGAAAGGCGUGCAACAAGUGAUGGACCAGGAAGAGGAGGUGGCAAUGAAGGAGUUUGCGAAGUUCGAGGAGAAGUUGAAGGCACAGAAGGGACCGGAUGCGGUGGCCUCGACGGUCGGGAAGGGCAGCUUGGAUCGUGCUGAAGCUUAA